GGGAAGGAGCUCAUCAGAAAAGAGAGAGAGAGAAAGAGAGACGGUAAGGGAAAAGAGAAUGCAGUUAAGUGAGAGGGGAAACAUUUAUAUUUUACUAGGCAGAAAAUAGUGUGGAGGGGAGACCAGGGGGUUACAAAGAAGAAAAAAAGAAAUUUGCUUGGUGACCUGAGAAAGACACAUCCUUUUCUUGGACUCAUAUGCACUACUGUACUCUAUUAAGAGCGUACAGUAUAAAGCAGUAUUUAAAUUAAACUCUGCAACGCAUUUCAAGACUCAGCUUGCCACACAACCUUCCUGGAUAUUGGACUGAAGCACCAGAAAGGACACACAAGGUUUCCACAAUGAAGUUUCUUGCCAUAAUUUUUAUGGUCUCCCUCUGUGAUGUCUCAUGGACACAGUAUUAUGAAUAUGAUUCUCAUUGGUGGAUUGCUUAUUUGCACAGUCAGCAGUACAGUUAUGGUCCCUCCUAUGGUCCCUCCUAUGAUUAUGAUCCAGAUCCCCCAAGGCCAUCUGUCAGUGACUGUCCACCAGAGUGUGAAUGCCCCCCAAGUUUUCCCGCUGCUUUGUAUUGUGAUGGGCGCAACCUGAAAUAUUUACCUUAUGUUCCUUCUCGCAUUAAAUAUGCCUAUUUCCAGAACAACCAAAUUACUGCUAUUCCAGAUGGUGCAUUUGAUAAUGCCACUGGACUGGUGUGGCUGGCUCUGCAUGGGAAUCAGAUUUUAAGUGAUAAAGUUGGCAGAAAGAUUUUCUCCAAGCUUCGGGGGUUGGAGAGACUUUAUAUGCAAAACAAUAAUUUGACCCGCAUUCCUAGUGGCUUGCCUCGCUCACUCCGUGAACUACAUCUCUCUGCUAAUCAAAUAAACCGGGUUCCUGCUAAUGCCUUGGAAGGUUUGGAAAAUCUAACUGCUCUGUAUCUUCAUGAAAACCAGAUUCAAGAUGUGGGACACUCAAUGAGAGGUCUGAAGUCUUUGGUGCAUUUGGACCUUAGCAACAAUCAGCUUCGUAAACUACCAGAUUCCCUUCCAGACUCUAUUGAGCAGAUAUAUUUAGAGUACAAUCAACUGAGUACUGUAUCAAGUGAUUACUUCAAGGCUUACCCAAAAUUACAAUAUGUUAGAAUAUCACAUAACAGACUUACUAGUGAUGGGUUGCCUGGAAACACAUUUAAUACCAGUAGCCUUGUGGAGCUAGACCUAUCUUAUAACCAACUCCACCGUAUACCACCAGUUAGUACCAGCUUGCAGCAUCUGUACUUGCAAGGGAACCAGAUUGCAGAAUUUACAAUCAAAAGUUUCUGCACGCAUGUGGACAUCACCUCCUUUUCCCAGCUGCAAAUUUUACGUUUGGAUGGUAAUGAGAUCCAAAGUAAUAAUAUUCCACCAGAUACCCCCUUAUGUCUGCGAAAUGCUGAUAUUAUCAAUAUGUAGUUAGCAAAGAGAAGAUAUGACAUAUAUGCUUUAUUAAUUUCUUCUAUCUGCUCACAAGUCUCUCAUUACUGGAAGUGAAGCAUGGAAUAUUAUAUUAAAGGCAGAAUUUAUAGUUUGCAGACUGAUUAAUAAUGCAUCGCUAAUAAGCUAACAGAGUCGUUGUUAGAUUACUUACACCACUCUGAAGAUACUCUAAACUCGAUUGUAAUAUCAUUGUGCACAGAACAAGCUGAUGUAAUAAUGUAAUAAUUACAAUGUCUUAAAGGAGUUGUCUCACCUCGAACAUUGGUGGCAUAUUGCUAGGCAAUGGGGGUAAUUUAUAAACCUGAAAUACACGUAUAUUAGACAAAUUUUAAGGUGCAGAUUGGGAUGCAACGGUUAGUUGCGCCUCAAUCUGUGACUUUUCCCCACUUACACCAGGUCUAGAAAAUGGUUUAGGCUUAGAAAAUGGCCUAAAUAUAAAGCAGCUCAGAAGCUGUCUUACAUUUAGAACUAUUACGGGAUGUGCC